CGGAUCCAGCCAUUCGACCCACACAGCGUGCCAUCGACACAGCUGACCUGCGGUGGCAACAGACAGUCCCAUGCGAGCACCGGUAUGUUCGUCUUAUGAAAGCCAUUUGUCGAGCAGGAACCCGUCUGCCUGGGGCUCAGCUUCCGAUUGCGCACAACAUACACCACUGCCGCGUAACAAACCCGUAAAGAUGCAAGCAAGAUGCCAGGAAUGGAAAGAAUCCCGAUCGUAUCGACUUAUCUAGCCUUGGUGGGAUAGUGCCCAGUGCUGGUCUGAACAACCGGGAGGGUAAUGGAACCCGGCGGGUCUGGAGAACGGGGACCAGUGGUGGGCGGUACAUACCAUUGGGUCUGCUCUCUCCGGGGAAAAGGGAGCCCGUGUGUAGCAACUAGCAAGACAGGUACAUGGUUCCAGCAUAUCGGCCGUAAGCCACAAAACCCUCUCCAGUUUGGGCCUUUGCACGAGAGUCUAAAGUGGUGUCAAAACUAUAAUCUCCCCCUCCCAAAUCCAAAUGAGCCCACGUUGCCCGACAGACGAGCCGAGACGAAAUCUCGAGGCCACAAAAACCAAUCGACAAUAUGCCCAUUGUUUUGCGCCAGGUUACUGCACGGGGAUGAGGCAUUAACGAAUAGGAAUAGACAUAAAACUACGAGACAGUUACAGUACCAACUGGAACUUUCUUCAAGGGGGCCCCUGGGCCAGAAAAAAUUCUCAUUGGCGCGGAUAUAUCCCAAGUCAGCACCUUAUACAGAGUACAUUACUCAGCGGUUUGGCUCUCCUUCCUCUAACUACCCUGCCUGCCACAUGUCCUGUCCCAUCCCGACAUUAGUUCGUACCCAGUAGGGCGAACGCACACCACGCUAAUGCAGAGAAGCAGAGAUUUUUCCUUCCAUCAUCCCUCACCAUUCCUCGCACCCCUGCAGCAAAGAGGGUAGGGCAGCAAGCAUGAUUGGCCAUGCAACGCAACACAGCCACAGCCACCGAUGAAAUGGCAGCUCAUUGGUGGGGCCUCGGUAGGGAU